GGCCAGCAGCAGCAGCAGCAGCAGCAGCACGUCGUCAUGCCAGGCGACCAGGCCGCCACCAGCAGUGGCCCCUUGCCGCACCCCCCGUCGAAGCCAGGCGCCGAGGCGGGCGAACCGCAGCAGCAGCGGCAGCAGCAGCAGCAGCUGCAGCAGCUGCAGCAGCAGCAGCAGCAGCAGCAGCAGCAGCAGCAGCAGCAGCAGCAGCAGCAGUAA